CUCUCUUUCUCAGUGUUCUCUCUCUCAAUAAUGGGGGCGACUUCAAGAGUUUUUAUUCUUUUUAUUCCUUUUACUCUUUUUAUAAAUGCUUCCCUUGAUCAACAGCAAAACAAAAAUUGUUCACCUCAAUUUCACUAAAAACCACGUUUCUGCAGAACCUCCUUUUCGUUCUUCUUUGUCAUAUACCCAUCAUUCAUCCCCGUAUUUUUGUUCCUGUGUAGGGCCUUUGUCCUCUUCGGUUAUGUGGCUGAUAUCUACUGACAGAUAUUCGAUAAACGCACAAAAAUCAUUCCUUUAGAAUUAAUGAGCUAAAAGAUAAUCGAAACCCUUGUUGAAUUGCGUAUGUGGGUUGUCAAAUUGGACGAAUUUUUUCAAUUUUGAUGUUGAACAGUUGACCCCACUUGGGAUAGUGAUAAAAUCGUGUUUGUCUUAGUGGGUGUUAUUCUAUUCGAUUGAUUGAGAAUCACAUCAGGUGAACUGUCGUUCUUUUCGACUUUUUAGUUCUUGAUGCUGUUUGAUUGAAUCUAGAGCAGACUAAGAGGUUUUAGGAAGUGUAUGUAGCUUGAGGUUUAGGCAUGGCGACUGAUAUGGACGUCGAUAUGAGCGAAGAAGAUGAGUCGAAAGGUGGCAUGUGGGCUUUAGAGCAGAAGAUUGAUCAGCCCAUGGAUGAAGAAGCUGGUAGAUUAAAAAACAUGUAUAGAGAAAAGUCGUUCUCUGCAAUUUUGCUUCUGAGAUUUGCAUUUCAAAGUCUUGGAGUUGUCUAUGGAGAUUUAGGAACUUCUCCUUUAUACGUAUUUUACAAUACUUUCCCAAAAGGAAUCGAUGAUACAGAAGACAUUAUUGGUGCACUUUCCUUGAUCAUUUACUCUCUUACCCUUGUGCCACUCAUCAAAUACGUUUUCAUCGUGUGUCGUGCAAAUGACAAUGGUCAAGGUGGGACUUUUGCUUUGUAUUCGCUACUUUGUAGACAUGCAAAAGUGAAUACAAUUCCAAAUCAGCAUCGAACGGAUGAGGAAUUAACAACUUAUAGCCGAAGUACAAUUCAUGAGAAGUCAUUUGCUGCAAAAACAAGAAGAUGGUUGGAAGGAAAUAUUUAUAAAAAGAAUGCACUUCUUUUACUUGUCCUAGUUGGCACUUGCAUGGCUAUAGGAGAUGGAAUUUUAACUCCUGCUAUUUCAGUUUUAUCGGCUUCCGGUGGCAUAAAGAUAGACCACCCCGGGAUGAGUAACGAUGUUGUUAUACUUGUUGCAGUUGUGAUAUUAAUCGGCUUAUUUAGCUUACAACAUUACGGUGUCGAUAAAGUCGGAUGGCUAUUUGCUCCCGUUGUUUUACUUUGGUUUCUUUUAAUCGGUGGAAUUGGAAUUUUCAACAUAUGGAAAUACGACAUAGGGGUAUUACGGGCAUUUUCACCCGUCUACAUCUUCCGCUACUUCAAAAGAAGAGGAAAAAACGGUUGGACUUCACUCGGAGGAAUCAUGCUUAGCAUAACCGGAACCGAAGCACUAUUCGCUGACCUGGCACAUUUUCCCGUGUCAGCAAUCCAGCUGGCAUUCACAGUCGUCGUAUUCCCUUGUCUUCUUCUAGCCUACUCUGGACAAGCCGCCUACCUCAUGAAAAACAAGGAACAUGUAUACGAUGCAUUUUAUCGCUCAAUCCCAGAAAGUAUCUACUGGCCGAUGUUUGUGAUUGCGACGCUAGCUGCGGUUGUUGCAAGUCAGGCGACGAUUUCUGCAACAUUUUCAAUAAUAAAGCAGGCGAAUGCGUUGGGGUGUUUUCCAAGAGUGAAAGUGAUUCAUACAUCGAGUAAAUUCCUUGGUCAAAUAUAUAUUCCCGAUAUCAAUUGGAUACUUAUGGUGCUUUGCAUUGUUGUCACUGCUGGAUUCAAAAAUAAAAGCCAAAUCGGAAAUGCUUAUGGAACAGCAGUGGUGAUAGUGAUGCUUGCAACAACAUUCAUCAUGAUCUUAAUCAUGCUUCUAGUAUGGAGAUGUCACUGGCUUCUAGUCCUCAUAUUUGCAGCCUUAUCUCUCAUCAUUGAACUAACCUACUUCUCAGCUGUCCUCUUCAAGAUCGAUCAAGGAGGGUGGGUCCCACUAGUCAUAGCAGCAAUCUUCCUUUUCAUCAUGUACAUCUGGCACUAUGGAACAGUGAAAAGAUACGAAUUUGAAAUGCAUAGCAAAAUCUCAAUGGCUUGGAUUCUUGGACUUGGGCCUAGUUUGGGCCUUGUUCGUGUUCCCGGAAUUGGGCUUGUGUACACUGAACUCGCAAGUGGGGUCCCACACAUCUUCUCACAUUUUAUCACAAAUCUACCCGCGAUUCAUUCGGUUGUUGUUUUCGUUUGUGUUAAGUAUCUUCCCGUUUACACGGUUCCCGAGGAUGAAAGAUUUUUAGUGAAAAGAAUCGGACCCAAAAAUUUCCACAUGUUUAGAUGCGUUGCAAGACUCGAGUCGAUGAUGGAAGGUGGAAGUGAUUCGGAUGAGUAUAGUCUAUACGGUCAAACACAAGGUCAAAAUCAAACUCAAAGUCAAAGGUCAAAGGAGUUUCUGCUACCUGAAAAUAGUAUGAACACGUUUUCCUCUGUGGUGGACCUCACGAUAUCAUCGUGUGACUCAAUUGUUCCUGUGAAUGUUAAUAGUUCUACUGUAAUGUCAUCUGGACAAGUGAGUAGUCAUACAGAAGUUGAUGAAAUGGAGUUUUUGACAAGUUGUAGGGAUGCUGGAGUUGUGCAUAUUAUGGGGAAUACUGUAGUGAGAGCAAGAAGGGAUUCGCCUUUUUAUAAAAAGAUUUGUAUAGAUUAUGUGUAUGCGUUUUUGAGGAAGAUGUGCAGAGAGCAUAGUGUCAUAUUUAAUGUUCCUCAUGAGAGCCUUUUGAACGUUGGACAAGUGUUUUAUGUGUAA